AUUUCAAGCACAUCAGAAAUGACGACACACAGAUUUGAGUCUUACUAUUCGCAAAGCGGCAUGGAUUCGUUCCCAAGCCAAGCGGUUCAAGUUGGCGUCGAUCAAGAUGGUUCGGGCAUCUAUUUGGGACGCGCUCAUCACAAUGGCGACAUAAUUCCAGCGAAAGUUAUUCCUGCCAAGAGUGCUGCUUACAUUGCAUGGGGCGGCGAAGAGAUCUUAGUGAACAAUGUUGAGGUUAUGCGUGAAGUGAGAUAUCAUUGGGUGCCUUGCGGAGAUGGCGCUGUCCCCCCAAGUGCGGUUCCUUUUGGAAGUACUGCUGAUGGAGAAACUUUGUAUGCAGGACGAGCCAAUCACGAAGGUUCAAUUACGCCGGGAAAAGUUCAACCGAGUCACGGUUGCUGCUACAUUCCAUUCGGAGGUGCUGAAGUUGCAUGCAAAUCUUACGAAGUAUUGUGCUUGGAUUAGAUAAUUUUUUGAGCCUUUUUUGGUGAUAAGAUAAUAAAAAAGCUUAUCAGUGUUAUUGUACUAACAA